UUUUAUAAAUUUGUUAUAUGUAAUUUCCGUAUAAUCGGUACAUAUUUUCUAAAGUAAAAAUAGCCCAGACUGCAACCAGGAAACUCCACAAAAUGCGGAAGAAAAUUUUGGUCUCCGUUGCCCCACUCAUCCCAACCUUCACUCCUACGUUUCUCAGAAACGCAUCAACCAUACCCGUUUUCUUUCCCUCCCAAUUCGACUCUUACUUCCAACCCAAUCCUCGGGACACAGUUUACACUUGUAACAGAGACAUUCAGCGAUAUAUGAAAUUAGGAUCGAUUGAUUCCGCACUUACACUGUUCGACGGAAUGCCUAUACGAGACGCAGUUACAUGGAACUUGAUUAUUUCGGGACAUAAGCAUAAUGGGUUUUCACGAGAAGCAUUGUACUUCUACACUCAAAUGGUUUCCCAAGGAUUUAUCGAGAGUUCAUCUACAUUUUCGACUGUUUUGGGUGUAUUUAGCGAUGAAGGGUUAUACCGAGAAGGACUUCAAGUUCACGGCAGGGCGAUCGUUCUUGGUUUGAGUUUGAAUGUGUAUGUGGGAACUUCAUUGAUUGAUCUUUACAUGAACAUGGGUCUCGUCAGUUUUGCUUUGAGAUUAUUUAACGAUCUACCAGAGAGGAACAUCGCAACAUGGAAUCAGUUGCUGAGAGGUUUUCGUGUAUUUGGAAGAUCACAAAAGUUAGAAUUGUAUUAUAGGAUGAAAAGUGAAGGUAUUGUGCCUAAUCCACUCACCUUUUGUUAUUUGAUCCAUGGAUUUGGCAACGAAAGGUUGAUUAAUGAAGGAAAAGAACUCCAUUCUUAUGCAAUUAAGGUGGGAUGGGCUGAAUCAGAAUUCUUUGUUUCAAAUGCUUUGGUGGAUUUUUAUAGUGCUUGUGGGAUUCUAACGGAUGCCAAAAGAUCAUUUCAAAUCAUUCCAACAAACGAUGUGAUUUCUUGGAAUUCAUUAGUUUCUGUAUACGCAUAUAAUGGGCUUGCAAGCAAUGCUCUUGAAAUCUUUUCUACAAUGCAAACAUGUGGGAAAAAACCAUCAAUUCGUUCAUUUGUUAGCUUGUUGAAUCUAUCUAGUGGGAGUUCAAAUAUUCUCCUUGGGAAACAAGUUCAUUGUUUUGUCUUGAAACUUGGGUUUGAUCAUGGUAGUAUUUACAUUCAAUCUGCUUUAAUCGAUAUGUAUGGAAAAUAUGGUGAAAUUGAAAGCUCGGUGUCAAUUUACGAAAACGUCCCUGUAAAAACUCUCGAGGUAUGCAAUUCCUUGAUGACAUCAUUUGCAAAGUGUGGUGUUGUUGAAGAUGUGAUUGAAUUGUUUGGUUUGAUGGUUGAUGAAGGCAUUGGGUUUGAUGAAGUUAGUCUAUCAACCACAUUUAAUGCAUUGUCAAAGUCAUGUUUUGGUAGCUUGACAAACUGUAAAUUAUUGCAUAAUUGUGCUGUGAAAUCCGGUUUUGAUCAUCAUCCUGCAGUAUCCUGUUCUUUACUCAGUAGUUAUUCCAAGUUUGGACGUGUUAAAUCGAUAGGAAGUUAAUUGGUGAAUGAGUUGAUGAAGAAAGUUUAAAGGAUCUUGUACAUUCUCUGAGACGGGUCAAAAGAAGAAACUUAAAAUGACAUUUUGCCACAGUUUUUGACAUGUGAAAGGUCGACUUUCGGUCAAAGUCAAAUAAGAUGACUUAAAUGGGUAUUUAGUCAAAUCUGGAUUUGUGUACAAAUUAUGAUGAUAAACUUUGGACUGGGGUUUUGAUGCUUCAACAGAACCCUAGACGAUAGCUAUCUUCAUGUCGGAGAACUGUAAGAUAUCACAUCAUUCAAGUUUGUGAUAAUUUUGGUUUGGUUUUUGUUGGGUGUGGCAGGAGUUUAAGGAAUUGCACCUUGCAAGGUAGGGGUGAGCAUCGGAACAGGGUACCCGUUUUAGGAACCGGAACUGCCAUGGAACCACCGAUUCCGGAAAUAAGGCGGUUCCGGUUCCGGUUCCCAAAGUUUUAGAACCGCCUUAUGCGGUUCCGGUUCUUAGUUUUUUCGAACCGCUAACCGCUGGGUUACCGUCGGCAUAUAUAUAUAUAUAUAAAAUUUAAACGACUUACACAGUUAUGAAAGACUUAUUGAGUA